UCAUUUUCCUAACAAUCAAAGUAAAACAAUCUAGCUAGCGCUGCCCAAUACUCACUGCAUACGUGUCCACACGGCUAUCCACCGCUCGGUUGUUUCUCUCUCAAAACAUAAAAUCACUUCUCGUCUCUCUACAGAAUCAGAAAUCUCAUAGCUUAAUCAGAAUUCUCAUAGGUAGAAGAAGAAUCACCACCAGCAACAGUAGCAAUGUCAACGGGCAAGAAAAUCACGUUGAGAAGUACCGAUGGAGAGACCUUUGAGGUGGACGAGGCGGUGGCGCUGGAAUCUCAGACGAUAAAGCACUUGAUAGAGGACGAUUGCGCCGAUAAUGGUAUCCCUCUGCCUAAUGUCACCAGCAAAAUCCUAUCUAAGGUAAUUGAGUACUGUAAGAAGCACGUUGAGACUCCUAAGUCCGAAGAUCGCCCUUCUUCUGUCGAUGACGAGUUGAAGGCGUGGGACGCUGAGUUCGUAAAAGUUGAUCAGUCUACCCUCUUCGACCUCAUUCUGGCUGCCAACUAUUUGAAUAUCAAGAGCUUGCUGGACCACACUUGUCAAACAGUGGCAGACAUGAUCAAGGGCAAAACUCCAGAGGAAAUUCGGAAGACUUUCAACAUCAAGAAUGACUUUACACCAGAGGAAGAGGAGGAAGUUCGCAGAGAAAACCAAUGGGCUUUUGAGUGAAAGGCGAGGAAAGAGCUACUGUAUUCCUACUUCCCUUUUUAUGUUGGACAUGGGUGUUCAGGAUUACUACUUUGCAAACAAUUGUUAGUUUGCUUGCCUUGUUCGUACCCAAAACAAUCACAAACUCAGAUAUCUGGUUGUAGCCUUUUUCAUUAUGUUAAUAUGGUGUUCACUGUUCGUUAA